UGUAACCAUAGCAAAGCCUCACACGCUCUGAAUCACUGUGAGCAGGACAGAAGCUGAAGUAUGGAGCGGUUUCCUCUCCGGACCUGAGAGCGGAUUAAACACCGCGGAAAGCCCCGGCUCGGUGUUUAACCCGGACACACAGGUGAUUGUGUGUACAGUGUGUGUUUAGAGGUGUUAAUGUGCAGUGAUCAUGCCGGUGAGGAGCGGGACGAUGAUGGACUCGGUGAAAAUAAAAGCGCAUUUCGGCGGAGACAUGUUGAUCUCGUACCUGGACUCGGGCAUGUCCUUCUCAGAGCUGUGUGAGGAGGUGAGGGAGAUGUGCAGUGUCCAGAAGAACUUACCCAUCACACUCAAGUGGAUUGACGAUGAAGGUGACCCGUGUACCAUCUCGUCUCAGAUGGAGCUAGACGAGGCGUUUCGGAUCUACAGCAGGAUUAGACCGUCUGGACUCCUCCUGCACGUGUUUCCCAGUAUUCCGGAGAAGCCGGGCAUGCCGUGUCCUGGAGAGGACAAAUCGAUUUACCGCCGUGGAGCUCGACGAUGGAGGAAACUGUACCGAGUCAACGGCCAUCUGUUCCAGGCCAAGCGCUUUAACAGGAAAGCUUACUGUGGACAUUGCAGUGAAAGGAUAUGGGGUCUGGGGAGUCAAGGCUACAAGUGUAUAAACUGCCGCCUGCUGGUUCAUAAACGCUGUUAUAAACUCGUCCCUCUGACCUGUCAUAGGCAUAUGGAUCCAGUCAUGCCAUCCCAGGAGCCGCUGGUUGAUGAGGGAGGUGGAGAAGAGGAAGUGGAGCUUCCCCCAGAGGACACAGAGGACACGGAGGACACAGACAGAAUAGCGUUCCUGCCCCACAGCCGGACAGUGGAGAAAGCUGAAGAUGACCCUGAGAGUGUGGUGGAUGGGAUGGAGAAGCUGCAGCUAUCAGAGACGCUGACUCUGUCUGAUUUUGAUCUGAUGCGUGUGAUUGGACGAGGGAGCUAUGCCAAAGUGCUGCUGGUGCGUCUGAAGAAGAACGAACAUGUUUACGCCAUGAAGGUGGUGAAGAAGGAGCUGGUGCAUGAUGAUGAGGAUAUUGACUGGGUACAGACGGAGAAGCAUGUUUUUGAACAGGCCUCCACUAACCCUUUCCUCGUGGGUUUACACUCCUGCUUUCAAACUGAGAGCCGGUUGUUCUUGGUGAUCGAGUAUGUGAAUGGAGGAGACCUGAUGUUCCAUAUGCAACGACAACGGAAACUUCCAGAGGAACAUGCCAGGUUCUAUGCUGCUGAAAUCUGUAUCGCUCUGAACUUCCUGCAUGAGAAGGGCAUCAUUUACCGAGACCUGAAACUGGACAACGUUCUUCUGGACCAGGACGGUCACAUCAAACUCACAGACUACGGCAUGUGCAAGGAGGGGAUCAGACCCGGGGACACAACCAGCACUUUUUGUGGGACGCCGAACUACAUUGCACCUGAAAUCCUGCGAGGAGAAGAUUACGGGUUCAGUGUGGACUGGUGGGCUCUUGGGGUGUUGAUGUUUGAGAUGAUGGCUGGUAGAUCUCCGUUCGACAUUAUGACUGACAAUCCAGAUAUGAACACAGAAGAGUAUCUUUUCCAGGUGAUUUUGGAGAAGCCGAUCCGUAUUCCUCGCUCGUUGUCAGUUAAAGCAGCGAGUGUGUUAAAAGGCUUUCUGAACAAGGACCCAAAGGAGCGACUGGGGUGCCAGGUUCAGACGGGAUUCACAGAUAUUAAAUCUCACACAUUCUUCAGGAGCAUCGACUGGGACCAGUUGGAGCAGAAGCAGGUAGCACCUCCGUUUAAGCCUCAGAUCACUGAUGAUUACGGAUUAGAGAACUUCGACACACAGUUUACCAACGAACCUGUACAGCUCACACCGGACGAUGAGGACGUGAUAAAGAGAAUAGACCAGUCGGAGUUCGAGGGCUUCGAGUACAUCAACCCCCUGCUGCUCUCCUCUGAGGAAACAGUAUGAGGGAGGAACACGACAGAACGGUUCUGUCGGCUCGCCCGCGGCUCUGAGCCAGCUACAGAGGGUUUUUUUACUUCUGACUGUGUGACUUCAGCCAGCGAGAGAGAACAAACUCCCUACAACACUUCUUCUACAACUCCUCAUCUCUCAGACUCAUCUUCUCAUCUCACGCUCACUCAGACUCCUAUAAAGUUCUUCUGGAGGCAAAAACACAACAAACGAAAGCAGAACUGGAGAAGUUUUACAUUUAGCAAAACUGAGGUCCCUCAAAAAUCAUCCAACUUGUCUUCCUCCUUCCCAUCAUCCUCUCUGAUUUUGUUGGUUUUUGUGCCUGCACUUGUGACAGACUUCGUUACCCAGAAUCCCCUGCUACAGCUCAUGGUUCUAUUUCAGAACUUGAUUUAACGUGCACUUCUCCUUCUUCUUCUUCCUCUUCUUGUAUUUGUUGUUUUUAACGGAAUCUCAGAUGUAGGCAUGUGCCGAUGUUCAGGUUUAUACGAUUCAUAAACGUCAGCGUAAAGACGAGGCGUCUCUUACAGGUCCGUCUGAAUCCCAUAAUCCACUUCACCAGACGAGAGAAUGUGUGGAAAUCACGGAUAAUCUGAUCAUGAUGUGGUCGUUUAUCUGAAACAGGAUGUGAUGAAAUGCUCCUGAUAUAGAGCUGUAAUAUCGGCACAUGCUCACUCCGAACACGAAUGUUAAAUUAAACACCAUAUUUAAUUAAAAAGAAAAGUUUAAUUGUAAUUUACAGCUGAUGUACUUACAUAACUUACACCUUUAAAAAAAAAUCAGAACCAUGAUUUCUUUAAAUUUUCUCACAAAUCAGCAGACAAACCAUUAAAAACGAAACAAAAAGUGCCUGAAAGAUCAAAUAUCCACAUCAGUCCUCAGUAAACUCUAUAAACUCUACAUUAAUUCUGAGUUUAUAGACACGGGGAAGUGUACAGAUCACACACAGGACACUGGCUGUGUCUCAAACAUCAUUUAAUACUGAAAUUACACACAUCCCUAUUCAGAACUCCGACGUAAGUGCUGUUGGGGCGGAGUUUUCUAAAAUGGAGGCGUGUCUCAGCUACGCUCGAUUCCGAUAUUGAACUUAAGCGAAUUAGAUUUGAAUAAAAUGAACAUGGAGAUUAGAUGGCCCCGCCCCUUCUCCUAUAGUGUAUGGUUUGAGAGACAGCUCUUUGUUCGGUGUAUCAGAGAUGUCGCAUAAUCAGUCCUACAUCACAAUAUCCCACACACACGUGCAUCAAAUGCAGAUAUAUAUCAACUAUAUCUUCACUCCUGCUUCGUUCCAGCUCAGGUUCUUGAAUCGGGACAAAUCUAAAGGCUUGAAUGCGAUGCUUGAAUAUGCUAGUCACAGCUAGCAUAAAACAUAUCGACAUUUUUUAAUAUGGAGGUGAUAAAAGGUUCUGAAAUGAUUACAGAAUCUAACAGCACAUUAACGGAACGGGUCGUGGAUCCGUCCUUCACUUCCUUCACAGUCGAUCAGCUGAGAUGUGUUCGGUUUGUGUGGCUAUGAGGCUAAUGCUGAUGCUGAUGUAGCUAACAAGUAACGAAAGUCCAAAAUGUCCCGUCCCUCGUCGUGUAGCUGAACACAGGAACCUGAUUUAUUCAGGACGCUGUUUUAAACAACUGGAAUCUCUUUUUACCUUUAGCGCCAUGAGAUAUAGCCACGCCCCCUGUAGGUCCGGCACACACGGCUAGUUAUAGUAAUAAUAAUACUAAUAAAGAUUAUAAUUCUCACACCCCCAUAGUAAUUAACACACACACACACGGUCCAGCUCAAUCCCGGGAAAUUCUCUGCUUUGUUUCAUGACUAAUGAAAACGAGGAAGAAACGUUUGCAUAAAUUAAUCUUUAGUUUAUUUCAGACAAUCACAGACGACUGCGAUGAAAACAUCUGAUGAGAACAGAGAGCACUCGCGUUAGCCGAGCUCAUCGAUUACAUCUGCCCUGUGAUGAAUGCUAGCAGUGCUAAUAGGAUUAGUUAGCGCUGUGUGUGUGUGUGUGUGUGUGCGUGUGUGAAAGAGAGAGAGGUGAGAGAGAUUAGCGCUGUAUAAAGGGGCGCAUGGGAGAUGAUGAUAAAGAAGCAUAUCGCUAACGAAGCACAGAUUCCAGGACGACGUUCUAUUCGAGUAAAACACACACGAUACAAAUAAAUAAAUAAAAAUAAAUAUUUAAGUUCAGUUGGUCGCGUGUGAUCUUAUUGAUGAUUACAACUUGCCGAGAUAGAGUCAUUAUCCUGGUUACACUUAGCUAGCUAGUAUAACUCUUCACUAAAAGCUUCCCUAAGCUAACGGCUAGCUAACGUAUCGAGUGAACUGUAUGAUACCUUAAAGUCAUUUUAUUUUUCAUGACACGUGAUGAGUCACCACAGUGAUUACCCGGGCUAGUUUCGCUAGCAAUUUAUGCCAAUCAGUUUGUCUGUGCUACAAGUGUGAACUGUUUUUUGUUGCUAAGCUGAGAUGCUAAUUCAUAACAUUAAAUGAUCAAUUUUAAAUGAUCAAUUUAACGCUAGCUAGCAUGUUUGCACUAGAGCUAGUUUCUCACAUCGUCACUGUUUAGUUGCUAGUUAGCAGAACUUAGCAGAACUAGCCUAACUGCGGUGAUGCAUAUUUUAUGUUGUGAAAAAUAAAAUAGUCUUUAAAGUUUAUCGUGAUUUCAUGAAUAAUUUUAGAUCAGUUUUAGGUCAGUGACUGGCGAAUAACGAGUUUGAGUCCUUAAAUAACUCUGUACAAGUUUCUGAAUAUUUUUAUUUUUACUGCAUUUUAAGAAACAAAAACUAUUUUUAAAAGGACAGCACAUUUUCAUAAAGGACCAAAUAUGGAAUGUCUUUUAGCCACCAAUGCUACUAAAAACUCACUCAUUUCUGUUGUUUGUCUGCUGAACGAGGCUCUGUAAAUAUCUGUAUUUAUUCUAUAAAACCGUAAGAAUAAAAAUGUUUUAGCUGCAGAGAUGAAAAAAAAAACAUCCAUUACCUUCAGAUGGAUAAUCAGCUGUUCGAUCGUCACGAUAUAAUCUGAUCAGUUUGAUACAAGACUAUCGUGAUGUUGGAUUUUAAUCUCAGCACAAAACCUGCAGAAAAUCAAUUUCACUUCUCAUAAAACCUCCUGAAAAAAUACUGAAAAACCCCUCGAGCUUUUUUCUUUUCUUUUCUUUUUGUUGAUCUCGCACGUCUUCUUCAGCACCAGGGGAAACUUUUAUAUCCGGUGUUUGUUUUAUAAAUUAUUCUAAAUGAAAGAUAUAAUGGAGUGUAAAAGAGCAGAGACGUGACCAUGUUUUUGGUCUUUAUGAAGAUAAAAAGUGAAGAAAUGAAAUGAAAAGACUGUAAAUGAGUAAAUGUUCGCUGUAAAAGCC